UACAACCUCAAAAUAAUAUUACUUGAAACUAAAAUAAAACAUUUGAUAGUAUUCAAUAGAUUUUAAUGAAUUAUCUAAUUUAUGUAAACUAAGAAAAAAUUAAAAAACAAUUUAGUAAGAUCAAAAUUACAUAUUAACUGCAAGAAUAUGAACUGUUUGCGGUUGCUUAGACCGAAUAGUUAUAGACCUUUGUAUAAAAUUACUUCUGUAAAAUAUAUAUCACAGCAUCCGUUAAGAUAUUUGGAUAAGCAAGAAAAAUGGCAAGAGAAAGAUGGCCUGUCCAAAAACUGGGAGUUAAUUUAUAAAGCUCCAAUGGGAGAUGCUCUUAACUAUGCAGUAACAUAUUUAACGACAUCCACAGCUAUUAUAGCUGCUAGUUCUCUUUAUUAUGCUGCAUUUGUAUUUGAUGUGACUUCAAUGAACGAACCAGUACUUCUAGGUGAAAGCUUGGUCAUCGCAAAUAAUGCAUCUGAAUGUUUGAUCUACCUUGGAGCAUUUGUUUUAUUGCAUAUAGCAGUCAAGGUGUUAAUCUCUAAGUUUGUAGUUCGUAUGUACCAAAAGGGAGAUGAAUACACAGCUAUUUUUAGAGGACACUGGUUUAAUUCUAUAGUGAAACACAAAUUUCACUUAGAAGAAUUUAAGAAGUUGAAUCCAACAUUUGUUGUGUCUUGGGGUCAUGCAAGAUUUGGACUUGGAAAGAAACAUGGAAUAAUAAUUGAUAGAUAUUUUAAAACACCAGAAUAUUUUAAUUAUUUAUUGUAUAAGAAAAAAAGAGAAUAACUUUAACACAUAUUUAUGAUUUGUAUAGAUUAAUAAUAUUAAAUAAAUAAUUAUUAAAAAAUAAAACAACAUAGUUUACAUUUAAAUUUUUA